AUGUCUCCUCGCGGGAGCAAGUGCGCGCGUGUUAGCGGUAGCAAAGCUGUGCCCGCUUUACAAAAAGAUCGUAGGGUUUCAAGAGAGGAGUCUAGAACCUUCGAAACUGACCAAAAGGAACGUCAAGAGCAAGAACCAGAACACCAACAACAACAACAGCAGCAACAGCAACAGCAGCAGCAAGACCGGAAACGGAAGGAAACGAGCCGCCGCGGUAGCCGCGAAUGUGCACGACCACCAGAGACUAAGAAGGAAGAAGGGAAGGAGGAGGAUAUUGUAACGGGGAAGGUGGAGGUAGAGGAGGAAGACGAGGAGGAGGCGGAAGCGGAAGACGAGGAGGAGGAAGAGGAGGAAGAGGAGGAGGAGGAAGAGGAGGAGGAGGAGGAAGAGGAGGUGGGACCAGUGGGGGAACUCCAGACUCGUACCGAGCCACCGAUAACGUCGACUCCACCGAUUCCACCACCCACACCCUCUUCCUCUUUCCCUGCGAUCCCAACAGCUGCUCCUUUGCCCCCUCCCUCGCCAUCUACUUCACCCUCGGCUUCCUCCGAAGCUCUCGCUGCCUCUUCUCCGUCCUCCUCUUCGUAUCGUGCCGAUUCUAGAAAUGAAAUUUCUGGACCCCGUCCUACCACUACCUCCUCGUCGACCACUUCUUCCUCCACGACCUCUUCGUCGCCUUUAGAAAGUAUCAGAAGCGCUUUGGAGUGUUACGAUCGAAGCAGAAUCUAUUUGGCGCACGUUUCCUUUUUGGAUUGGCGCGAUUUGCCUGGUAGACGACGUGGACACCUAGAGGAACACCGAAACCUUCAUGGUGCUGCCUCGAGGAGUUCCGAGAGGUCUUCCGGGGAAAGGGUCUGGGUUGUUGGGGCUGCCGACCAUGACGGACAUCAUAGGACUAGAUUGUUAGUGGCCGGUCGUCACUGGAGACCACGUUGUCUCAGACGAGUGAAUAUGCUCAGCCAACCGGUGGUAUAUGCCGGCGGGGGAAGGGGUUCCCUGACAGCUGAUCUCUUUCUUUGGUGGUUUCACCGAGAGUUUGCCGUAACGGCGAUGGCCAUGCACCCCGAUGGCGCGGUCCUUGUUGCCGAGAGCGCGGAUUAUUUACCUCCCGAAGGUGAUUGCGUUGCGGCCGAUGGUCUGGUCAGAUUGUUCGUUGUACCAAAAGAUUGUCUCGAGACUAGAAUCGUCAUUAGGGAAUUGAGAGUUCGGUUAGCCAUCGGAGCCCUUACCAGAGUCUAUCACGAUGUCUACCGUAAUAAACUCUCAACGUUCGAACGAGAGGAAGAUCGAUUGGAAACGUUCCUUAAACGAUUUACCUUGAAGGAAGCUUUCGCGGAUCUGCACCGAGCCUGGUUGAGCAUACGUUCGGAAACAUUUGCCAGAAGUUGGGCCUUGCCGAGGGAACGAGAAGAAGUCGAAGCACGAAUAGGUCGAUCCAACGUUACAGGAAAAAACUCGGUUCUUCGUACGAUUGUCACUUCGGCGGAAAGAGAAGAGGACAGGAUGCUGUUGGACGAAUUACGUGGACUCGCUGGAGAACUCGGUCUCAAGGUUGGCGAAGAAGAACUCGCUAGAUGGAUCAUGGACGGAGAAGAACGUACCACUUCUCGACGUUACGAUACCAUCGAUCUCGAACCUGAUCAUCAAUCUCGUCUCGUCAAGAUCGAAGUCGAACACAAGUCUAACACCGAUCAAGAAGGCGAAUUCGAACAAGAGGAGGAUGACAACGAAGAGGAAGAUGAACCGACAGCCGAGGAAACUGUAGGACUACUGACGAGAGUUCUCACGUGGAUGGAAAGGGAACCUUUGGAUCCUGGACUUCUUCUCGCAGUUAGAUCGAUGCGCGAUAUCGCUGCGAUUAUGGCAAGCAAGAUGGGCCUAGCAGGAACGCAUCCAAGCGGGCUGCCCUUCUUCUGUCCGAACGGUGAUCACCUGACGCAACCACCGCCCGCCCACAUGGGUAUACCUCCGUAUGGGGCUUUGGAUGCUGGCAAAGCUGCCGCAGCGGCCGGUCUGACUAGGGCGCCGAUGUAUUCCUUUUCUACGGGCCAAUAUCCAUACCCCAUGCUUAGUCCGGAAAUGACGCAAGUCGCUGCUUCUUGGCAUACACCAAGCAUGUACCCCAUUUCACCAGCGAGUGCUGGAUUUCGAAGUCCGUAUCCAACGAGUUUACCCAUUUCGAGUACGAGUUUAUCAACCGAUCUGUACCGAUUUUCGCCGACGGGUCUGAUGCCACCUCAUCAUGGAUUGGGUCCUCACGCUCACGCGUUGGCGUCCCACGCAUUGGUGUCUUCCGCGCCGAAAACGGAUCAUUCUACCCUGGAUCACAAUCACAGGUUCUGGAGAAGGAGGCGGAGGAGGAGGAGGAGGAGCGAUGUUGAGGGGAAACGGGGGGGAGAGUACGAGGAUAAAUCCGUAAGAGGACACAUGGCGAUGGAGCCCGAGUGUCUGGAGCCUUUGAACUUGGUGAUUAAGAAAGACGAUACUGGUAGAGGAGGAACCGUGAUCGAGGAAGAAGAAGAACGGAUCGGCGACAGUGGCAAGUCGAUGAACGUGAUCGACGAGGAAGAGGAGGAGGAGGAGAGCACGGACUCGACCAGGAUGAUCGAGAACAACGUGACGACGAUAUUGCAGGACGCCUGCAAGGCCGGGGGGGAAUCUGGUUUACCCAUCGCCGAUCAGAAGAUUCUCACGGCCCUCUACAUGAGCAGCCUGAUGAACAUGUCGAACGCCAGCACCCUGCCGCGGAAUGUAACUUCGUCGCCCCCGUACGCGGCGCAACACAACUUGGUUCAGUUGUUGGCCAUGCUCGAGGCGCGACACCGCGUGUGGCAACAGAUGAACAACUGGCCAACACCACAAAACUUUUUGAGAAAUCCCUUAGGCCUACCUCCGCAACCUUAUUUCGCGGACUCGCCGAGCGCUAAUCAGCUAACCGAACAAUUGUGCACCUCGCAAAAUCCCACGCCGUCCUUUCCUUUAUCCUCCGCGAAGGCUGAACCUUCCAACCACGAGACUAAACAACCUUAUUUCAAACGGUCUACGAUAGAACAGAAAAAUUCAGCCUCGUUACCUGCGGACAACGCGAAAAACCAAGAUACAGGACAACAAAACAAUCAAGAUAAAAAGAAACCCCAUAUAAAAAAGCCUCUGAACGCAUUUAUGCUCUACAUGAAAGAGAUGAGGGCAAAGGUAGUGGCGGAGUGUACCUUAAAAGAAAGCGCUGCCAUCAACCAAAUAUUAGGAAGACGAUGGCACGCGCUAGGGCGAGAGGAACAGGCCAAGUAUUAUGAGUUGGCGCGACGGGAGAGACAGUUGCACAUGCAGCUGUACCCUGACUGGUCUUCCCGCGCAAAUACCAACCGAACUAAGAAGAGGAAGCGCAAACAAGACACAAACAGUGAUCCUGGAGGUAACAAUAUGAAAAAAUGCCGUGCAAGGUAUGGAUUAGACCAACAGAGCCAAUGGUGCAAACCAUGCAGCCCAGUGGAGCAUGGAGCGGGGAUGGGCAUCCACGCGAGUAUAAUCCAUCAUGGUGUGGGAAGUAGCGCGGGGUCCGGGGUCGGGGCUGGAGGUGGUGGAGGGACGGUUGGGGCGACCACUGCCCCGCCAAACACCAACACUGCCUCCAAUACCUCCUCACCUCAGCAAGAACCCACUUAUGUUAAUCUCUACAUGGAUGGUCUACGUAAGAAGAAAUGUGUCAGGUAUAUGGGGGAGGGAGGAGAAGGCGACGGCGAAGCCGAUGGCGAAGGUGAGGACGAUCAUUCGGAGGAUAAUUUAGGGAGCGUGGGGGAGGCAGGUACACCCGAGGAAGACGAAUCCUUGAGCAGUCCUGGAGGUUUGUCGGCAUUGUCGAGUUUGGCCAGUCCAUCUUUGGUGUUACCAUCGCCAUCGAGUCUUGCCAGCCCGUGUCCGCGCCCUUUGACACCUCCAGUAGUAGUGCCUCCUCCGCCAUUACCCAACCCGAGUAGCCAACAGCAACAGCAGCAACAACAACAGCAGCAACAGCAGCAACAACAGCAGCAACAGCAGCAGCAGCAGCAGCAGCAGCAGCAACAACAACAACAGGUUCAAGCACAGGGCCAACAGCAGCAGCAACAGCAGCAGCAACCGCAUCGUAAUCCAGUUGGUACGAAUCCUCACGACAUCAACAAUCCGUUAAGUGUAAAUCAACUUACCGGUCAGUGUAUAAAAAGUGAAGUUGUACCAACCCCACCCUCGGGUCCCUCCAAUCCAGCGAUCAGCGUUACGUAGCCCCGGGUGGACCCACGUGACAAGACUGUUGCAACACACGGUGUCAUCCAAGGGGUCCAUCUACGUAUCUACUGUGCGCGACAGAGAGGCUGGACGAUGACGAUGACGAUGACGAUGACGAUGACUAUGAUGACGGUUCAUUUGGAGAGACUUAUUAGUUCGAUCGAUAAUCUAACCAUGUUAAUGGACAAAAUAAUGGUUAAAUGUUCGUUCAUUGCUACUCCUACGACUGCUACUCCUACUCUUCCUCCUCUUCGUCGAUCGAUGACGUUCAUCUUGGAAGAACGUAGACGACGUAUCGAGAAACGAUUGGAAAGAAAAAGAAGAAGAAAAGAAAAACUAAGAAGAAUAAAGAGAAGAAGAAGAAAAAGAGAAACUAGGAAGGGUAUCUCAAUCGUCGUCCUCGUCAUCGUUGACGCCAUAUUGAAGAAGAACUUUGUUCUCCUUCGAAUUCGGUUCUUCGCCAUUUUUUAUUAUCGUCGUCUCUUGUGUUGUUUCUAGCGAAAUAUACAAAAAAAAAUUAUUAAAUAAUAAUACUAAAUAAAUAAAUAAAGUAAAUAAAAUAAAAUAAAUAAAAUAAAAUAAAAUAAAAAAAAACAUAUGAUGAAAAUACGGCGAGAACGGACGAUAAAUUGUAUUCUCGAGAUUUUUGAAUCGAGGAAAGAAAAACAAGCAAAUAAGCAAGCAAGCAAGCAAGCAAGCGUCGUCUUUGUUUAAACGAACGUUCUUCUGAUUUAAAAAACACGCGCGUAUAGGGGCGUGUAUAUAUAUACAUUUAUAUAUACACACUUAUAUAAUAUGCACGAUAUGUGGGACGAAUGAGUACUACUACUUCCGAGGAGAGAGAGAGAGAUUCUCGUUCGGUGGAUUUAUUGUCCAAAAAAGUGUGCCAGCAACUACAAAAAAAAAAGUGUAUCUCUGUGUGGUCUGUGCGUUUGUUCUUUUUUUUUGUUUUUUUGCGCGCGCGU